GGGACCGGUUGACUUGGCUAGACUAGAGACACAUUCAACCGCGCCAACCGGUCACAUUCAAGUCGCCCCUUGAUAUAACCCCCUCCUGCCCCACCCCGAAGUAUUCAUUUGACAUUUUUCGGAUUGAACCUUGAGCAUACGCGACUCACAAAAUGGCAGUGCCAACCGAGCUCCUCAACAAGCGCUACCUGCUUGGCGCUGAGUUGGGCCAUGGCGCCACCGCCACCGUGCAUCGCGCCUUGGACAUUGCCACCACUGGUACGGUGGCAGUCAAGCUCGUCGCGAGUCACCGCUACGCUGAAGCCAUGACCGAAAUCCAGAUGAUGCAGCUGCUGGCUCAUGCUCAGAACAUCGUUCGCCUCGAGGACACCUUUGCCCUCAGCGACGGACGCACGGCCAUCGUCAUGCGGGACAUGCCUCGCGGAACCCUCUACCAUCAUAUCUGUCCUCACGCCCCCGUCUCCUUGAGCCAAGCAAAUGCUCACCGCUGGCUUCGCCAGCUUGUGCACGCAGCGCAAGAAGUGGCCAUUGCCGGCUUUGUCCACGGUGAUAUCAAACCCGAAAACUGCCUGAUGGACGAGCACAACAAUCUGGUUCUCCACGACCUGGGCACCAUGGUUCCCAUCGGCCAUCAACACGGACAACAGAUUCCCGGUACACAAAUGUACAUGGCGCCGGAGAUUCUUCGCGGUCACCCUUGCCACACUGGCCAAGACGUCUGGUCCAUCGGUCUCGUCCUCUACGCCAUGCUCUUUGCUGAUCUGCCUUGGGACCGCGCCUCACGCCGAGACCAACAAUUCCGCGACUACUUUGCCCAAGGCGUUCUGCCCGUGCAAGCUCGCCUAGAGCUCCUUACCCCUGCCAUGCGACAUGUUCUUUUACGCAUGCUCAAUCCAGUCCCGGAAAUGCGUGCCACGCUCGACGAGGUCGCCUUCUUCCUGGACGCCAACUUUCCUUGGUUCGUGUCAUUGAAGGAGCCCGAGAAAACCAGUCAAAAGCAUCACCAACGGCAGUCUCGUCACCAUCGCCAUGAGCAUCAACGUCAACACACUGCGCCGUCCUCAAUCCUGCCCGACAUCAAGCUGGCAAGCUCCGCUGGCGGUUGUGCCACCCCCAAAAGCCACCGUGCUGGCUUCCUGGAUCCCACCGUGAUUCAAAGCAAGGUCAGCGGAGACAGCGCCAUUAGCAGUGACAGUGACAUGACAGACGGCCAUCGCAAGCGCUCGGUCACCCCGGGCCGCGCCAACUUGGACCGCCUCGCCGCUCAAUACAUAUGUUGAAAGAGUUUUUGCACCCAACUGCUGAUUUGGUGGAUUUGCCUCGCUUAGCGAGCGUUUACCUUACACCAAUACAUUCCGUCUUUUUUCCUUGUUUCAAUGCCACGACCAUGGGGCUCGAGCCACAUGGUUGAGCAUAGAAACCACCCUCUGCGCUUUACUCGAGCCGAGGGCCAUCAUUAGGACGGCCUGCUUGUCUUCGGCCUUCUUGUCUGUUCAUUUAAGCGACCAUAGUUGCUACACAGCUAGUCAAUAGGGCGCAACGCGCCACUUUUCCUGAAUUCCCGAAAUCGAUUCUGACCCUG